UUCAAUUGGCAGCAGGCCCGUUUAAUUCUGUUUCGAGUUCGGGGGAAAUUUAUUUCUUUGUUUCGUUGGCACUCAAGAUGCAGAAUCCCAUUUGUGAACCGUUCACCAGUUGGCCGGUAAAGUUCGACAUCAACCAGCUCAUCAAGGAGUUUAAGCCGGAGGAGAAGGGCCGCCAGGUGGAUGAGGAUAAGUCGCCGCGGGACUUUCUCCACCUACCCGACAACAACUGGGUGGUCCUGCCCAGUUUUAAGUACAGAUUCGAGCACUUGACCCCGUAUCUUUCCUGCCGCCAGAGCAAAUAUAUGCGGUGCCGCUUUCAGAAGUUUUUAGAUAACGUUCCCAGCAGCUACGUGACCAUCUCCUUGUAUGGCUCCAAUGUGAGCAACAUGCCCAAGCCGAGGCGAAAGAGUCUGAAUGGCCAGUUCUACGGCGUGGACAACAAACUGGCUCCUGUUCCGGCGGUCGCAGAUCCUCGCUCUCCCCCGCACCGAAAGUAGGG